AUGGCGACUAAUGCGCAUCAUCAGCCAGAUGACCGAGAAUGGAUACAGGAUCGCAAAUUUGAGCCCAGCUCACGCUAUCGACAUGGCAUAGACCUAGACUUGAUCCAGGUCACCAACAAUGAUGAGGACUGGACAUACGUGGCAUGCGAAGGCGCUCUGCCUUGCAGCGACUGCGAUUGCAUUGCACCUCAUGUCGACAGUAUAUUCAUCGCAGUUGACGGUGCCUGCAGGGGUAACGGCCAGGCAAAUGCCAGAGCUGCUGUCGGGGUAUUCUUUGGGCGAGGGUCUACAUACAACCAGAGCGUCCUGUUGAACCAGUCGCAUGUGACGAACCAGAUCGCAGAAUUGAAGGCUGGCAUCCUUGCACUCAAGCAAGCAAAAGACAUCGUACAAGCCGAUGCAUUACACUAUGGGCCGCUCCAUACAAUUCUCAUCAAGUCAGACUCAGACUAUCUUGUUAAGGGAAUGACUGAGUGGGUAUUCAAAUGGGAGACCAAUGGUUACAAGACUGCCAAGCGAAAACUAGUCGAAAAUGCGCAACUGUUUCAGGAGUUGCACGCGCUUAUUGGAGACCUGAAUACAUCUAAUGUCGAGGUGCUGUUCUGGCGAGUGCCUCGGGAGAUGAACAAGGAAGCCGACGAGUUGGCCAAUCAGGCGUUCAACAGCCGUUCAUAA